AUGUCCGCAGACAGUCAUGACAAGACGGUCACCUUCCUGGAGCUCGAGACGCCCUCCUCCCCGUUGAGGCCACGGAGGACCACAGACCGUGAAGCCCCACUGGUUCCCUCAGAGGACGCCACCGAGGACCCCACCAUCAACCAGCAGCCCCUCGACGUCUACCUGCACUAUGCGGCCAAGGAGCGUAGACGAGAAGCCAGCGACCACCGCCCAGUCCCCGAUGCGCCCUGGACAGUCUUUUGGAAGCGGAUCACCGGCGAAGGUGUGGCUGUGACGCCCAAAUCCGAGUCACAGCGGCCACAGUCGCCGACGCUGUUGGGCUGGGGUUGGACGGAUGGUGUCAACGAUGUGCCCCACCACGGACCGGCGUCGCCAAACACGUCCCACUACACGUCGUCGGAUAAACACCAGUCCAGCACAGAACUCGCUACCCGCGAUGUCGAUGGGUCAUUCAUCCUGACACCGCGGGAGGCCGAGUCGGCAUAUCGCCUGAUGCGCACGGCUAGCUGGCAGGUCGUCUUCUUCCUGAUCGUGUCGGACAUGAUGGGCUGGUUUACCGCGCCACAAGCGUUCAAGCUGCUCGGCUACGGACCAGGCAUCCUGGUCUUCACCCUCUUCUUCCUCCUCGCGUUCGCCAGUGGCCAGAUCCUGUGGAAACUGUACCUCGCGCUCGACUCGGAACGGUACCCUGUCAAGUCGUACGCAGACAUUGCCGAACGGACGUUUGGCGGUUGGGCGAAAUACGUGUUCAACUUUUUCCAGAGCGCCCAACUGCUUGUCCAAGUCGGCAUGUUCCUCAUCAUGGACGGCAAGGCUCUGUCGCAAAUCAUCAACUUCAAGUUUUGUUUUCUUGCACUCAACGUCUUCUUUGCCUUGGCAGGCUUUGCACUGUCACAGUCGCGCAUGCUGCGUACCAUUGCCAUUAUCACAAACCUCAACUUUUAUCUAAACGUCGGCAUUAUGAUCCUCACCAUGUUUGGCGUGGCAAUGUACGACCCUGUACCCUCGGAAUCGAGCCACAAGGACCUCGGCCAGCCCGUCAAAGUGUCUGGCUGGGUCGGCCGUGAAGCAGCAGGCGGAUGGUACCAGCAAGUCGGGGCUGUACAGCUCUGCGUCUUUGCGUACGGAGGGGCCACGAUCUUUACAGAGUUCAUGGUCGAGAUGCGUCGACCCGCCGACUUUUGGAAGGCCGCCCUCUGGGGUCAGUUCAUCUGCUACCUGACCUACAUGUUCUUUGGACUGUUCUGCUACUCGAUGCAGGGCCAGUAUACGGCCAUUCUCCCCACGGUCAACAUUGCCAACAUUGCGUUCCAGGCCGUCACCAACAUCAUCGGCAUGUUUUGCCUCGCAGUCACUGCCAUCCUGUACGCCCACAUUGGCGCAAAGGUCGUUUACCGCGUCUUAUCCCGCGGGCUGCUGGGCGCACCCUCCCUGUCGUCCAAGAAGAGCGCCGUGUGGUGGUCUGGCACCACGGCGCUGUACUGGGUCCUCGCGUGGGUGAUUGGCUCGGCAAUCCCCAACAUUUCAGACCUCAACACCGUCAUUGGGUCGGCGUUUAUUCUUCAAAUGACCUACACCUUCCCGCCCGUUCUCCUCCUCGGCCACUGGAUACAAAAGGAUGCCAUGGCGGGCGACUACCCCUGGCGCCCGGGAAUGGAGCCAUACACCAACCGCUCGGACUCGUGGCGCGACAUUUCUCGCUGGCGGCGCGGGUUUGCCGCCUAUUGGUAUGCCAAGGUGGCACUUAUCAUUCUCGUUGCAGGCUCCCUCUCUCUCGCUGGCGUCGGUGUAUACGCCGGUGUGAUGCAGGCCAAGGCUUCUUAUGAGGCAGGCGUCACGGUCGCAUACUCGUGCAAGGCCCCAGGCCAGGUUUUCUAG